AAAUCACGCGUAUUUCUUAUAUCUUUGUUCAUCAAAUAUUACACGGAUCCAUCUACUGGAGUACGAAGAUACUGCGCAUAAAUUGAAUUUGAUCGAUUUCUCGAGAUGCGAAAAUUAUUUUAUAUUCUCGAUUGUUUUGAAACUGUUAAAUUUCCAUAACCAGAUAAAUUUGACUUCAAUACGAUACGUAAAGCGACAUGGAAUGUUCGAAACUUUUGGAAACUCUAGAUAUUUUUGGUUAUGCUGGUGUAUGUGUGGGGACAGAAAACUCGCAGCUGUUACGGAAUUCUCUCAUAAUAUUGCAGGAGGAGAAUCACUUUCAAAAGUGUUACUAUUGGGGCAAAAUCUACGGAGUACAAAAUGAUUAUCAUAUUGCAUUUGGUUUUAAGAAAGACUGCAUGAACGAUCAGGUGUAUUACUACAGUACGGAUGGAUUAAAUUGGUUGUUACUGCCAAGAGCGAAUAAAUACGCACGAUUCUUGACACCCCUUGCAAUUAAUAAGUUCGAAGGUGAUCCCUCGAUAGUCACCAACGUCUAUAACAUUAAUCCCCCGUUCCCGCCAAACGAAGAUCCCAAAAAGUAUUAUGACGGCCCUAUACCAAAAGAAUUAAAAGAAGAAGAUAGACUGGCAGCCGCAAUAGAAAUAAUUAGAGAAGACGCAGUCAUAAUUCCUCGUGGUGCGUGGUUCAAAUGUCCCAAUGGGGACGUGAUUGAAAAUUCAAAUUUUGAAGGACUUGGUAUCUCAGAUGUGUCGUAUUUAAAGUCUUAUUUGCAUGCACGUCCACCGCAACAAAAGUGGAACACCAAUUUACUUACGAGACCCGAUUAUAACUAUGCUUUAGACUUUUUAGAUACAAUCGACAUGGACGUGCCAUCAGGAUGUUGGAACCUACAACUUUUACACGGUGACCAUUUAGUGAUUUUACACAGUCUUUAUUGGCCUGGCAUGAUGUUUUAUCAUAAACUACAUAGUCCGCAUUAUGGAUUUCUUUAUUUUGGACACGGAAAGAAAAACAUGGAUGUCAUCUUCAUGGUGUAAUCAUUGUUGCAAUAAUGAGAAAUCAAUGAAUUUAAAUUGUCAUUUUUUUUUUCUUUUUUUU